GCUAUAGCUAUAGCUUGUGUCACAGUGGACUGUUCUAUUCAGCCGCUUCGGUGUUGUGCGUUACGUCGACGGCUGGGUAGCAGCGUUUCAACUGCUAUUCACAACACCGCCAUUUUGAUUGUAUUGAUUACGGAGCUCGUACUUUCGUAUUUUAAUUUGCUGCGAUGCUCAGUCUGUCCUGUCCACUUUAUUAACAACCGUCGUAUUGUGCUUCCUUCAUGGCUUCCUCAAACUCAAGGAAAUGGCGCUUUUUUCACGGAAAACUAACAGACAAGCAGACAACUUUUGUAACAGCGUUGGAAUCCUGCAGCAGUUUGCAGUCCCAAGUAACUUCCCCGAGUUUGAAAAGUCUCUUUCCAAGCCUCCACAAGCUCCUCAGGAAGAUUAUCCACAGUUGUUCGCAUCCUUAAUUGCAAGAACGGCUAAAGACAUAGAUGUCCUAAUUGAUUCUCUCCCAAGUGAAGAGGCUUCCCCAGAACUACAAGCAGCAAACUUGAGACGUCUGGAGCUUGAAAACCAAGAUGCAGCAAGGCGGCUGGAAGAAGUAGUUCAGCAGGGAGAGUCUCUUUUGGAGCAAAUACAGCAGGCACUGCAUGAUAUUGCAGAAUCUCAACUUAAUAUGCAGCACUUGGAAGAGAUUCCAGAUUGAAAGUGUUGAUCACUGUACUUUUUCGAAAAAAUUCAUUUCGUAUUUCUGUAAUAAAACAAAAGUUUAAUUUAUGA